GAAAACAUUGUCCCCAAAAUCGAAAUCCCCAAAUCUCCCGAACCCUAAAUUCCCAAUCUCAAUUCCAAUGGCCCCCAAAGCCGAGAAGAAGCCCGCCGAGAAGAAGCCUGCGGAGAAGGCCCCCGCCGAGAAAGCUCCUGCCGAGAAGAAGCCCAAGGCCGGCAAGAAGCUGCCCAAGGAGGCCGGAGCCGCCGCCGGAGACAAGAAGAAGAAGAGGACGAAGAAGAGCGUGGAGACCUACAAGAUCUACAUCUUCAAGGUCCUGAAGCAGGUCCACCCUGACAUUGGGAUCUCCAGCAAGGCCAUGGGGAUCAUGAACAGCUUCAUCAACGACAUCUUCGAGAAGCUUGCUCAGGAGUCGUCGAGGCUUGCGAGGUACAACAAGAAGCCGACGAUCACUUCUCGGGAGAUCCAGACGGCGGUGAGGCUUGUGCUGCCUGGAGAGCUGGCUAAGCACGCUGUUUCGGAGGGGACCAAGGCCGUGACCAAGUUUACGAGCUCUUGAAGUGUCCUGAGUUGCGCUGUGGCGGUUCGAUUUGGUUUAUUACUUUUAUGUGUGCUUUGUUUAGGGUUAGGGUUUCUUUAAUUAGUGAUUAUGUAUUUUUCGCUUUAUCUUGUGUAUGUUGGUAGGAAAUGAAGUGAAUGAAAUAUGGUGGUGGUUCUGGAA